AAUUAGUAACUCAAAUGUGUGGGGUUUUUAGGAUAGAGCGGUUUGAAAAUUUCUGGUCUUCUUGUUCUCAAAUUAUUUGAUACUCCGGCGCUUUAUUUUCGGGAUUCAGAUCAAUGUUCAUUGACUGUCAACUUUAGAUUAGCUCCAAGGAAACAGCCUGAUGAUGGACAGCUCAUAGCUUUGAUUUUUUUGAUGCAAUUUGAUAUUCUUCUCUGGCGUGUGGCGAUCUUUAUGACAUAUCGAUAACAGAAGCCCAGGUCACAUCGGAUAACACUGAGUCUUUGCUGUAGUGUGUCUUCGAACCCGAAAAAAAUUGCUGUGUAGAAUCGAACAAGAAGAAAAAGAACAAUGCAUCUGAUGAAUGUAAUGGUUAAGGGAAGAGUUCUUAAUAUUUUAUUGCCUCUACUUAGUCUGUUAAGAGUUGAAAGAACCGUGGCAAGUUCACAGGAGACCUCUUCUAAUUUUACCGUGAGUCGAACUCCAGGAUUCGUAGAUUCUUUUACUUUCAAAGCUCCGAAGUCUGGAAACACGAACUGUUCUCUAAUAAACCCUGAUAUCUGCGCUGCUUAUGGAGGCAUUAAACAGGAAACAAARUGUGAAACUAAAGAGCUAUGCUGUGAGGCUUGCCGAUGUGUUAAAGAUAGACCAACGUUCCUCGUGCACAAACAAAGAUGCGUUGAGGACAAAGAUAUUACCGAGAAGUAUGGUCUAAGCAAGUCGGAUUACCGUUUCAAUUUGGAUGUCCCGAAUUCUUCCUGUCAGUCUCAGUCCCUGGCGACCUUAAACACCACAGCCCCUGGUAGACGAAACUUUUCCAUCUGCACAAAAUCACAUAAAAAAAUUCUAAGGUGUACAAUGUCAACCAAGGAAUCGAAAUACCUCCACCAUAACGGCCGAUGGAUCGAUUUUGAUUCUGAGAAAAGGAGAGGAUUUUCAAUUGGUGUGCUACAGUUGAAGUGGCAGGCUAUCACAGAACCGCUUCUCAAGGGAAGUGUAGUAAUGUUGGAUGUCACAUGCUACGAAGAAUUUUUUUCGCAUAUGGGAAUACAGGAAAUUACAGUCAAUUCCCGGCUUCUGUUCAAGAUAGCGGGCUCCGAAAUUUGGCAAGGCUCAAAUGUUUUCCAAAUAAUUGACAUAGCCAAUCCCACGAAUAAAUCUGGCGGAUUAGUUGUCAUGCCUACGACUAUCACCAACACCGUAUCCAUAGCAACUAUGGUAGACUCUAGCACAGCUUCCUAUGAUAAAGAAAAGCUGAACGUCAUACAUGUUCCUGGUGAAGUGGAUAUGAUUCUUGUGGUAGUGGCUGCGGUGCUGGGUACUCUUCUCUUCAUAGCCAUCGUUUUUGCGUGUAUCGGUGUGGGCUUCAUCGUCAUGAGAAAAAAAAAAAAGGCCCCCCUUGGCGCAAAUAAUCCACUGUAUGAGCGUGGUCCUGACAUGACACUGAUAGAAAACAGAGGAUCCCAUCAGACUUUCCCAUUCAACUCGCAUUUCUAUCAACCCCUUGUUGAAAACACCCGCGAGGUACAGGGGAAUCCAGGAGAACCGAUAUAUCAAAGUUUGGACGAACAAGUUCGAGUCAGAAGACCAAUUCUUACUGGGUACGAAGAGAAUCCAAACCGGUGUAGUCUUGCUGACUGUGACAUGACGUCAGAUGGCUAUCUCAUACCAACUGAUGGUCACACAUUGCCAGAGCCACCCACCACACCUGUAUCCCGUGAAGACGUAACAGAAGAUUCAUACAUAGACGUGUUACCCGAGAAAUCUCCCACUGAGGAUAAAAGUUUGAAUUACAAGUAUGACAGACCAGAAGAAAUAAUAUCAGAUCACAGUCCAACGAUAUCACUGAGAGAGCUCCCGAGUGACGUUGAAUCCGAUCAGGAAUCGAAUUAUGAUGAUGUAAAGGUUGCUUCUAAGCAAAGAGAACAGACAAAGGAGGAGCUUGAGAACUUCACCGAGGGAAAGGACCUCGAUUCCGAAGGAAAAGAACAUUGUAAGGUGUGUAAAGGAACGAUCGGAAAUUAUGGGAUUGGUGAGGAUUGCAAACCAGUCAAGUGUCUUUGUGAUGUUACAACGAAACUUUGAACCACGUCGAUGAGUAUGAGUUCAUAGGAACGCGAGGAUGAUGAAAGAAAUGUGGUAGUCGGGGAAUUCGUAGACGACAAAAAAUCUAUGGGAUUCCAAAGUACGACGACCGCAGUUUGCUUGUCAAAUAAAUGGCUUCAAAGGAGGAACAUGGAUAUGGAGAAUGUCGCAUUUGGAUCGUAAACGACAAACCAUCUUGUAUGCAAGUCAAACAAACGACGAAACGUUAGUCAAAUAAAUGGCUUCAGAGGAGGAACAUGGAUAUGGAGAGAUGUCGCAUUGGGAUCGUAAACGACAAUCCAUCUUGUAUGCAAGUCAAACAAACGACGAAACGUUAGUCAAAUAAAUGGCUUCAGAGGAGGAACUUGGAUAUGGAGAGAUGUUGUACUGGAAUUGCAAACGACAAACGAUUUUGUAUGCAAGUCGACAUCAAACAAACUAAGAAAAGUUAGAUGGAGGGAAGAAAUCGCGGACAAAAAACGUCCUUGCGUGUCGGCGAUGCCGUCAACACCGAAUCUUUAUUUGUAGUCCAUAAAAUUCCUUCAAAGGCACGUCAAAGAAAGGAAGUUGGCGCUUAAGUCCAAGACGCACCAGGCUAGCUGUUUUUGUGAUAUGCUACACAACUUAAAGUCUGGUAGACAACAUGGCCGCAUUGGGGUCACGCGGAAAUGAUUAGAUAUUGUGCUGAAAUCGUGGAACACAAACGAUUGCAAAAACAUUACCUUUUAUGUAGUUAUGUCGUGUUGAAGAAACUUCGAAAAAUCGAUUAAGUACAAAAAAUAUGUAUAAUGAAACAAAAAUAGCAUGAUAGCUGAGAUCUAGAAAGGCAAAAAAUUAGACUGAGAAUAUAUAUGGUAAAUCAUACGACAAAUGAUCUUGUACAAAUUGCCCCAUUUCACCAGGACGCCACAUCACAAAACAAUCUUUUGUUUUAACGAUAAUAAUUUUUUAGAAAUAUAUACAAACUUAGAAAAGCAAUGAGAGCCACUAAAUACCGUAUAAAUUGCGGCAAAAUAAACAUUGGUUUAUAAUUUUUUUGAAAGUUAGAUCAGACACAUUCGAGUUGUAAAUGCAGCGGCAGGGUAAAAUUAGUUCACAUUCUUACUGUUCUUCGCCAUUCUGUCCCCUCAUAAACAAGCAGUGAGACGUCAAGGUGAAAUAAGGCUAGUGAUCACGCUGUAACUUUAAAGUUCAACCCCGUCUUAAAGACAUAUAUUAAUAAUUUGUUGAAAUAUAAAGUUUUUUAUGUUUA